CAAAUUGAAAUCCAACAAUUACUAUCACAAGAGGAGGAGGAAGAAGAAGAAGAAGAUGAUGAGGAGGCGGAGGAAGAAGAUGAGGAAGAAGAGGAAGAAGACGACGAAGACGACGACGAAAUAAUGGAACCAAAAUGGAACCGAUCAAUAUUUAAUGAAUUACAAUAUGUAAUGAAAAAUUUUCAAUCAAAAAUUCUCGAUUUAGAUGAUGAAGAUACUUAUGAUGUUACCAUGGUGGCAGAAUAUGCUCCAGAAAUAUUUAAUUAUAUGCAUGAAUUAGAACAUAAAUAUUUACCAAAUCCAAAUUAUAUGGAGAAUCAAGAUGAAUUAAAAUGGGAAAUGAGAAGUGUUUUAAUCGAUUGGGUUGUUCAAGUUCAUAGUAGAUUUAAUUUAUUACCAGAAACUUUAUUUUUAACAAUUAAUUAUAUCGAUCGGUUUUUAAGUAAAAGAAAAGUUUCUCUUUCAAGAUUUCAAUUAGUUGGUGCAGUUGCUUUAUUUAUCGCUGCUAAAUAUGAAGAAAUUAAUUGUCCAACUAUUCAAGAAGUUGCUUACAUGGCUGAUAAUGCUUAUAGCAUUGAAGAUUUUUUGAAAGCUGAAAGAUUUAUGAUUGAUGUCUUGGAAUUUGAUAUGGGUUGGCCUGGUCCAAUGUCUUUUCUAAGAAGAAUCUCAAAAGCUGAUGAUUACGAUUAUGAAACUAGAACUUUAGCUAAAUAUUUCUUAGAAAUUACAAUUAUGGAUAAAAAAUUCGUUGCAAGUAAACCAAGUUGGCUUGCUGCUGGUUCUCAUUACUUAUCGAGAAAGUUAUUAAAUAAAGGUGAUUGGUCCGACUCCCAUAUUUUCUAUUCUGGUUAUACUGAAAUACAAUUAAAACCAUUAGCUAAAUUCUUAUUGAAAAUUUGUGAAAAUGCCGAAAUUCAUCAUAAAUCCAUUUUCGAAAAAUAUCAAGAAAGACGCUAUAGAAGAAGCUCUUUGUUCGUUCAAGAUUUCUUAUCCCACUUG